AUGACUAUCACUGUAACCCUAGCACCAGACUAUCAUCUCCCACUAGAUGCCACAUCAACAGCACGUGGAGUUACAGAAGGUGAGGAAUCUGUUAUGAACAAAGCUGAAGAUGUAAUCAGCAGCAUGCUUUCAAAGGGUUUUAUCCUGGGAAAAGAUGUUGUUUCCAAAGCCAAAUCAUUCGAUGAGAAAAUAGGAUUCACUGAGAAGGUGACCACAGGAACCUCCAUGGUCAACUAA